UUGCCGCCAAUUCAAUGCAAAGCUUUAUACAAAACGGCAGAAUUGGUUCAGAAAUGAUGCCAAAUGUGGAGACAAUAGAACAUAAUUUAUUAACUAAUGAGUCGCCGAAUCGGCACAACAGUAUCGAUAUGAAUGCCAUCCAUUCGGCCGCGCGGUUGGCCUUAAGCUCAUCUCAAGAGACUAACGAAUCGGUCAAUCCAUUACUCAAAGCACAGACAUUGGAUGACAUUGAAAGGCAGCUCAUGUCGGGCCAGAGUUCACCGCCGAAACGGCAAACGGCACCGAAUACACCGAAAUCUGAACCACCGGUUCCUAUGAUGCGUCCAAAUCCGUCGCCUAAUAUUCAAAGUCCUAACCGACCAAUGAAUCAACAAUUAAACCAAAUGAGACCCCAUAUGUUAGUCCAGAAUCGUAUGAACAAUAUGUAUAAUAGACCGCCGGUAAUGCACUUAAUGCCGGGAAUGCAUCCGGCAAUGGGUCGCACUAUGUUCUCGCCGGCACUCAUACCUAAUUCUCAGCGCAUAAUCCCAUUCCCACUUCAGUCGCGCCCUAUUAUGCAUCCAUUGCUGAAUCCAAUGCAACUCCAAUACCAGAGGCAUCCCAUGUAUCACAACAACAACUCACAACAGCGCCAUCAGAACCGAUACCACGAGAAUUACGACAACGAAGACGAGUACUCGGGUCUUAUGACACAACGCGAGAAGGAAUGGCUCAUUAAAAUACAACAAUUCCAGACCGAACUCAAGGACCCGUAUGUCGACGACUACUAUUACGUGACAUACAUUUCACGUAAAAUCGCGGCCAAAGCGGCCAAUAAUAACGAAAAGACAAAACCGUCGCUACUAUUGCCCGAACGGCCGAAACCGGCGACGGAGUCGGAGACAGCGAAGUAUAUUCCCGAACAGUUUGAGGGCACGUUAGGCAAGAUCCAGGUGUCGAACGUGAACUGUCCCCGAAAGCUAUUGGACUGCAAUAUUAACAAAACCACUGUCGCCGCCAAUGAGACCACCGGUGAUAGCAAAGUAGUCGUCACUAAAAGCGAAGUACAAAAGUUUAGGAAACUAUUACUUCAUAUCGAGAAACUAUAUGUCGUACUCAUAAACAUUGACGACGAGGACAAGCGUAUCGGCGCUCUCCCACCGGACGCCCAAAUACCGCACAUCGAGACCAGAAAUCAAUUGUCUGACAAACUGUUUAAAGGGCUCACGAAUGAGACGAACGACAAAAUCAAUUCAGAUGUGAUUCAAAUCAAGAAGGGUUUGCUUCUCGUGUUCCGAUCGCUAUGUUAUCUGUCGGACGAGAAUCAGAGAGCAGUGAUCAUCAGUGAUCUCUUGUACGCAAACAAUUAUAAACAGUAUAUUUUGAAAUCGAAAACUAGAGUCGAUUUCGGUGUGAUGUUAGUGAACGCCAUUCGAGAUAUCAAUAAUCAUGACGUGAUUCUUAAAAUUGUUUCCAACAUUAAUAACAUUUCUAUUCUCAUCAAAUCGGAGUAUGGAAAGGCAAUCAUCGAAUCGUUUAUAAAGCAAAGCGAAACUUUGCAAAUCAAAGAGGAAAACAAAUCAAAAUGGUCAAAAUUUGUGAAUUACGUGUUGGAAGAAGUGGUGGACGACUCUAUGCCUGAAUUGACGACAUUAUGUAGAAAACAUUUGACUCAUUUGGAGGCGAAAUAGCGUUUAUAAUCACAAACUAAAACAAAUUGUCUCAUCAAAUAUUAUGUCAUAUAAUAACGUCUUUUAGUAUUUUUUUAAACAACCAAUUGAUGUAUAAAUUGAGUUAAUAUUUAGUUUUUGUUUUUUAUUUUUAUCCAUUGAUUAAUUGGAGUGUUUGUUGUCUCAAAAGUCUCAUUUUGUCGUUGCUAUUGAAAUCCCAUCGGGUAUUAAAGCUAAUGGCUUUUUGCCUCAUCUCACACACAAACACCACUCUCUCUCUCUCUCUCUCUCGCGACUAUUCCUCCGCUUCUUUUAAUGGUCCAAUUCUUUCCUUAACUUUUGAUUUGUAUUUAAGUCUUAAUUUCGAUGAAUGUCUGAUAAAACAGAUAAAUUAAUUGUAAUUAAACUAUAUUUUAUUAAUUAUACUUUUGAGACAGAAAUCAUGUGUUGUUUUAAUUAAAUUCUAAAAAUUAUGUGCUUUUUCUCUCUUAUGUUUGUUUUCUCUUAUGAAAAAUGAAAAACUAAUGAAAAAAAUCGGAACAAAAUAUUUAAUAAAGAAAUUUUUUGUUUAAUAUCUGGAGAA